AUGUCUAAGGGAUUGUGUGAACUAAUUAAUGCGGCUGAUAAUUAUGUUGUUGGUGAUCCGAACAACGCGAGAGAAAAUUAUUAUGGGAGUUUUUUUGAUUCAUAUUGUCCUGAUAAAAACUGUGAUACUGAUGACAAAAAAGUUAUUUCUACUUUUAUAACAUUACUAAAAUAUUUUGAGGAUGAUGAGAACGAUUUAGAAAGUGAUAAAAUUGUUGAAUACGCUAUUUUAUGGUUAAUUAAUAAACUACAUCAAAAAAUAGAAAAUGAAACGAUCAUGUUUGACUAUUUUUAUAAUGAUUAUAUAGAAUCAAAUAGUCAAUAUAAGAAUAAUAUAUCUACGGAUAGUAAGAUUAAUAAGGAUAUUAUAGAAAAACAAAUUAGAUCGAUGAAUAUAGAUAUUAAAGAUAUAUCUAAUUUUUAUGAUGCAUUUAAAUCAUUAUGUAACAUGUAUAGUGAAUUUGAUCCAGACAAAAAACAAUGCAAGACAUGUUUAGAAAAUGCUGGAGAUUUGUUUGAAAAAUAUGAAAAACUUAAAAAUGCUUUAGAUAUUAAUAAAGGAAGUUCUUAUUAUAAACUAUUGUCUAGUUUAUCGAAUGAUUAUAAAAAUUUUGAACAAUUAUAUAAUAUGGCAUGUGAUAAUUCAUCACCACUUGUAGCUUGUCCACGAAGUUCAGUAACAAAAAAUACACUAAUUACAAUUGGAAUUAUAUUUGUUGCAGCAUCAAUUUUAUUGGGAGUUUCUUAUAAGUAUUCGUUAUUUGGAUUUCGGAAACGAUCUCAAAAACAACAUUUAAGAGAAAAACUAAAAAAAUAA